GCGAAUUCAAGCGCGAAUUACAUGCAAAAACUGAAAGCACCACACACAAAAACACAAAACAAACAAACCUGCAGGCGGCCCAUCAAAUUUUAGAAUUUUAUUCUUUGAAUCGGCCGAAUCCCAUACGGAGAAGAGAAUGGAAGAGAUCAAUGUCUACGUACCAGACCACCACCCGGUUGAGGUUGUUUCCACCCUCCAGGAAUGCAAAUUCCUUAGCCUGGUUCAGGGAAAGGCCAGAAUCAAAAACAACAUAACCCUUGGCUGCCAGGUUGAGAUCUUGGAUCUCAACAAGAUCAGAUUUGACACGCGUGAAACUCGCGACAGAUUGGCCACAAAAUUGUGUGAGACUGUGCAAUAUCCUGGUGUUGAAAUUAACCUGGCCCCGAAGGAAAACAAACGCACAAACCAAGACCUAGUCUAUGACGGCUGCCUGGCCCCGUCUGAGGUACAACUUUUGAAGACUGACCCCUCAGCAGCCAAAACAGCCUCUCUCUUCCUCUUUUGCUCACAGAAUGAUCUCAAUGUUGCAGGAUGUACAGAUCAUGCAGACUACGCCCUAGUUGUGCGUAGGGCUCAUCUGAAAGAAAGCAAUAGGAAGAGGCGCGAGAGGGCCGAAGCUGGGGAGGGACCUAGUGAAGAUGAACAAGUGAAUGGAUUUUGGCUUGGACAGUUUGCUAGGCGCUGGUGCCACACCCUGAUGGAGUACAUUGGACUCCGAAAGUAGAUUUUCAAGCCCCCAAACAGACUGAAGGAUUCUAGGCAGUUUAGUUUCCAGAGCGAGGCAUUAGUUAUAUUUUAAGCACAAAUUAAAUUUUAAUUUGACAUUCCCUUUCAAUCAAGUCACUUUAAUUUCAUAUUAGUCAAAAGAUAUUGUUUGUUGAUUUGAUUGUUAGUGUAAAAACUGUAAAACCGCAAGUUGUGAUACAAUACAAAAUGAGCUCAAGAACUUCUAAAAAUUAAAAUGCAAUAAUAACAUAAAUGCAAAGAUAACAAUUUUAUUUCUACAUGCAUUUUUUUCUUAAGUGAAUGAAAUGAUGCUGCAGGAGAGCCCGGAACUCUCUCUACAUUUGGUGGGCUGCUUCU